UUGUACUGGUACAUCAUUGUUGUGUUCUUUCUUUAUCUUAUGUACUUCUUCUAUUGCUUCCUGGACAGUGGACUGUAAACAAGAGCUCGGAAAACAUAAGAGGCCUACACGUGACUGAUACGGUCACCUGACUGCCUCGCGUGAAUUAGCCGACGCGGUUGAGUUUUGUCGUCUCCCCUCAUAACGACGGCCAAAGACGCCACGAACGAUGUCGACGUCAAUAACCUCGCUGCUCAACGCGCUACACACGCACCUACAGUCUCAAACCCAGCUUCUUCCAACUCUCCAUGCGCAACUGGGGCUUCCUCCAACCGCACUCGCAGAUGACCUCUCAACUCUUCAACAACAACUGACGCAAUGCGUAGAAUUGCAGAUUGACACUAGGCGAAAGCAGGUGGAUGAAUGGAUGCAGAAGUGCGGAGAGGUUGAAGAGCAGUGCAUCAAAUAUAGUAAAGCACUUGGGGGACAUGUGAAAGCCGCACCAGGAAGCGUUGGAGAAGUGAGGAAGGAGCAGGUAUUGCCCAAGCGAUUUGAGAUGAUCACAGAGUUUCAAGAGAAGCUUCGACAAUUGUACCAUACCAAACUGGAGCAGCUGCUUACAAUCACCAACCGACUCACUACCCUUUCACGCACAUUGGGGCCAGAGUUCUAUGGUUCAGAUAUACUCGAACCGACCCCAGCAAACGGGGAAUCUGAAUUUGACUCUGACUCACAACGUGAUGUUAGACCGGAACGCUUUUCCAGACUCGAGAAAGAACUUGUUCGUGGCAAAGGCGAAGUGUCUAAACGUCUCACCCAACUAUCAGAAGCGCUAGUCCAAAUCGACUGGCUUCAUACAGAAUUAGGAAUUUUACCAUCAUCAUUAGACGACCUUCCAUCGGCAUCCUCCUCAACUCUCAGUGUUCCCCACUUCCAACGAUCGACUUCCUCAUGUAGUUCCCGCACAUCACACUCAAGUACUUCAGAUCCCUUCCUCUCCAGCUCCAUUAUGGCGACACCUACACCCGAAUCACGCAUCAAAUCCAUAACGCCCUUCCUCCUCGCCGCCGCCUCCGAAGACCCACCAAGUGAAACCGAGUACGAGCGAAUAUUUGCGCGUUUUGUCGCCCGCAUGGAAGAACUUUCCGACGAAGAACUCUCCAACUCAACUGCACCUACUGUUGGCCUUGAAGGCGUUGAUCCUACACAGGGACUCAUGGCGUGGGCUGAAGCAAAACGGGCUGCUUUGGAAGACAUUAAACGACGACGAGAAUCUCAUAUUCAGGCUAUGUAUGAUCAGCUUGAAGCUCUGUGGCGUCGGCUGGGCGUGCCGGAUGCUGACAUGGAUGCGUUCGUUGAAGCUCAACGGGGCAGUACAGAAGAUACUGUACGAGCCUAUGAAGAGGAACUGGACCGUAUGCUUGAGCUUAAGAGAGAGAAGAUGAGCACGUUCGUUGAGAACGCUCGAGACGAGAUCAGGAAGUUGUGGGAUGAUCUUAUGGUAGGCGAGGAAGAACGAGCCGAUUUCGCGCCAUUUGCAGAUGACGAACACACUGAGGAACUACUUUCCAUCCAUGAAGAGGAAAUUCGACGAUUGAAGGAGGAAAGGAAGAUGAAGGGACCACUGUUGACAAGUAUCAAGAAAUAUUUCGAAAUUUGUGACGACGAGAAGGAACUUGCAGCAGCAGCAGCAGAUCAGAGUCGUCUUCUUGGACGAGGUCCUCGUGAUCCUGGCCGACUCUUGCGAGAAGAAAAGAUGCGGAAGCGCGUCAGCAAGGAGAAGCCUAGGUUGGAACAAGACCUGCUAGCAUCGAUACCAGCAUGGGAGGCCGAGACUGGUAGAGUUUUCCUCGUACUGGGCGAGAGUAUCCUGCGCGUUCUUCAAGAAACGGUCGGUGUACUGGAGAAAGAGAACGGCGCUAGCAAUGGUAGACGAUCUAAACCUCCAAGUCGGGGAGGGUCCGUCCCUCCACGAGCAAAGACCCCUUCCAAUCCCUCACACCACUACGCACCUAGUUCUAGCCAUGGCAACGGGGCAUCAAGGAGUAGUAGUAACAAUGGCGCGAACGCUGUUACGCCCGCUGUUCGCCCAGGUUCCGCCAUGUCAAGGUCCGCCUCAAGUAAACGUCCCAGAUUGGGGGAAUCGACCUCGUCACAUAACAAUGUUCCUCCAGUACCUUCAACUCACCGUGUACCUAGCCAACGACCACCUUCACCCUCGAAGAUCCCAAGCAAGACACCUACAACCACCUCCUCCCUUCCCCGACCUGUUGCCAUCGCUAUGCCUGUACCCAAGCCAGGGACUCAACAUCACAUCUUGGGACACGGUCGACUACCCUCCUCACAAUCACAUACACAUGCAUAUCACCCGUAUCCACAGACUCAAAGAGCAACUUCGACUAGUGGCGUUCGUGUAUACGGUGCAGUCGGUGCAGCUAGUACGGUUACUGCUGGGGCUGUGCGCAAAGCUUCAAGAGUCCGAAGGGAGAGUUUCAAACCUCGACCAAGCAUUGAUGACGGUUGGAAUGCCACUGAAGGGAUGAAGAGAUGGCCUGGGUUCGCGGGAGGUGCAGUCCGAGAAGAGGAUGAAGACUUUUGACUUGAUUUACUUUCGCUUUCUCACCCCAUUUUGGUUUUAUUCGUUUAGUGUCAUACUUUUCUGGUAGGCGACUACCUUCGCUAUCUAUUCGUUAUUCACUAUUCUUAACGACCCUCAUGAGAAACCUUUGCUGGCACAAUGUAAUUGUAUGAGAUACUCUGUUGUAUUGUUUUAUUGUCGACCAUGUUAUCACAGGAACACAGCGAAUGUGUACCGCCUCCAACCAUUGGUGUCACUUUCAGGAUUGCUCAUAUUCGAUACUGGCAAGAGCAAAUGCAGCUAGUCCCUUGAGGUCGUUGAGAUCGGUAGGCACUCCUAUAUAGUACUUGGGGAAAUUUAGAAUCGCCAACUAGUCG